UUAUUUUUGUGUAUGAUUGAUCGUCGCAAAUAAAUUAAUGUAAAUCAUAAUAUUUAUACACGAUUUAGUUUAAAACCUGAUCUAAUGCCAUUAACAGCGCGACAACGUAGUAUCCACAAUAAGAAUGGAGCGAAAAGAUCAGCUAGUUUUAGCAAAGGGAAACGAACACGCAAAUCAAGCGAGGGGGAGUAUCUAUACACCAAUGCUCCGUCAGAUCUACGGAGUAUAGCAUAUCCUGGAGGCGCAGUGGCGUUAGGAUUACUACUCGUAGCUCGUCUUGCUUCAGCAUAUUGGGGACACAUAGCUGACUGUGAUGAAACAUACAAUUAUUGGGAACCUUUGCAUUUUUUAGUAUAUGGCAAUGGUCUUCAAACAUGGGAAUACAGUCCAGUUUAUGCUAUCCGCUCUUAUAUGCCUCUAUGGCUCUUUGCCGUGCCAGCAAAGAUUAUGUCCUAUAUGAUGACACCCGUAUCUGUGUUUUAUACUCUGAGGGCUUUGCUUGCUGUACUGACUGCAUGUGCUGAACUUAUGUUCUAUAAGGCAGUAUGCCAUGAAUUUGGUGUGCAUGUUGGAAGAGUAUGGCUAUGCCUUACGCUACCAGCUGCGGGAUGCUUUGCAUCCUCAGCAGCGAUGUUACCGUCAGCUUGGAGCUCAGCUCUUGUCUCUGCUGCGCUGGCUUGCUGGUGGAGGAGACGAUACCCCCCAGCUGUUCUGUUUAUAGCAGCUACUGCACUACUGAGUUGGCCAUUCACAGCUCUACUGGGAGUACCGAUAGCCAUUGAUAUGCUCUUACUCAAACAACAAUACCUGGAUUUCUUUAAAUGGUCCUUUGUAGCCCUGAUCACACUUCUUGUACCAACAGUAUUGGUGGAUUCAUGGCAUUAUGGUCGCUUAGUUGUUGCUCCUUGGAACAUAGUAGCAUAUAAUAUAUUCACUGAACACGGACCUGAUUUGUAUGGUGUGGAACCUUGGACGUAUUAUUUCGUGAAUGGAUUUUUGAAUUUUAAUAUUAUUUGGGUGCUGUCGCUGUCGGCGCCGGCGCUUCUGUUAGCGGGCGCGGCGGCGUGCCGCUCCUCGCGCGCGGCCUUCUGCACGCCCUACUGGCUGAGCCUGGCGCCGCUCGCGCUGUGGCUCGCCGUCUUCCUCGCGCAGCCGCACAAGGAGGAGCGGUUCCUGUACCCAGUGUACAGCAUGAUAGUCCUGGCCGGGGCUAUAUCUAUCGACUGUCUCCAGAAGUUGACGUUCGCUGUCGGAACGGAAAUCUUUCGCUGGCGUAAAGAAAGAGAAAGAAGACACUACUUGGUGUACACUGGUCCACUCGUUGUGAUGAUUGUACUGCUUGCUGGACUUGGAAAUAUAUCACGUAUAACGGCGCUCUACAACCACUAUCAAGGACCGAUGACGAUACUCCGACACCUGCCCGAAGAUAACAGCGGUCAGAUGAACGUCUGCUUUGGUAAAGACUGGUACAGAUCUCCGUCCAGUUUCCACUUACCCGACAGCUACAGGAUUCGAUUUAUACCCAGCGAGUUCAGUGGUCAACUACCGGCGCCCUUUUAUGAAGGACAUAAUGCUACCCGCAUCAUCCAUCCAUACUUCAACGACCUAAACAGAGGCGAUAACCGAACGUACCUACAACCGAGCAAGUGCCACUACCUCGUCGACUCGGACAUCGGUACCCCAACGAAGUUACAACCACCCUACCAUAAAAACGUGAACACGUGGGAGAUAAUAGCAUCAGUACCUAUCUUAGAUGCGUCUAAAUCCCAUAAGAUUUUUAGAGCAUUUUACGUUCCUAUGCUGUCGAAUAAAAACAUCGUGUAUGCGAAUUUGUAUCUAUUAAGGAAUAAAAUUAUCAAAUAUUAGAUAUAAUUGUGUAAUAAAUUAUAUUUAAA